GGAAUAUGGUUUCUCUCAUAAUCUUGGAGACAGUUCCUAUUGAAAUAUAACUUAAUUUUUGUGCAUGUAAAAACUCAGUUUGAUUAACGAAAACAAACAGUUUUCAACACUGAAUUUCGCAAACAGAUUACCUAGAUUAUUUUUCGGUUUAAUAUGGAGGCAUUGAAGCAAGCAUCUUCAUUUUUUCAAGAGAAAUACAAAGUUGCUAGAAUGGUUUUUACAGAUGUUACUCCUACAGAAUUGUUGGCUGAAGAAGCAACGAACAAUGAUCCAGGGGGACCGGAUGCCAUGACCAUGACUAGAAUUGCCGUGGCAUCAUUCAAGGUAGACGAUUAUUGGAGAAUUGUUGAUGUUCUUCAUGGAAGGUUUUAUAAUGUUAAUUGGAAGCAAUGGAGGCAAGCAUACAAAGCACUGGUACUCCUUGAGUUCUUAUUAACACAUGGUCCUGAAGAAUUUGCUGAGGAAUUUGGAUCUGAUGUUGAUGCUAUUGAAGAGCUUCGAACAUUUAGAUACACAGAUGAGAAAGGGUUUGAUUGGGGUCUUAACAUGCAAAAGAGAUCAGAGAAGAUAUUAGAUUUGCUAGCGGGAGGAGAGACCCUAAGGGACGCAAGAUUAAAAGCUCUCAAAAUUACAAAAGAAAUCCAAGGAUUCGGAAACUCUAUGUUGGAUUCACCGUCCUCAUCUUCAUUCUCGAGUUCACCGAGAACCACAUUGAACUAUCCAAACGAAUCAAACAAGAUCGAUAAGCUACUAUCAGAGAAGAAAAAAACACAAAUUUAUCUCAAAGGAGGAACCAAAGACAAAGAAGAUGGGCAAAACCUUUCUUCCUCAAGGAAUGAGGAACUUGAGGGGUUGAGUGAGUGGGAUGACUCUACAAGUGAAGAAACAGGGUCAUUGUUGGAUCCUGAAGGUGGAGAAAACGAGAAAUCCAAUGGAUUUAUUAGUGGAAUUUGCUCAAAACUUGCUAGCUUAAGUCCAUCCAAAAAAUACUCCGGUGAGAAAGUAGUCCUCAGAAGUUUCUCUGAUGUUGGAAGGGUUAAAACACAGAAGAAGUUUGAUCGCCAAUAUUCCUCUAGGUAUUGAUGAAGUCAUGAUUUGGAAAAUAAUUCUCUUUUGUAAGGUUAUAUUCCAGUAUUUUAUUUUUGAAUUGUGAUUAUAAAAUUAAUUGCACUCA